AUGCUGUCAACCAUCACCAACGCGGCGGUGCAGCACCUCGCCCGCCGCGCCGACGACGACGACUCAGACCCAGGCGGCGACCAUGCCGAGCAGGAAGUCGAGGCAUCAUGGGCCUUGUUCAUCCUGCUGAUGCUGCUGAUCAUAUCCUUCUUCACGAGCUACAUGCUGCAGCAGAAGAAGGUCCAGGCCGUACACGAGACCGUCAUCUCCAUCUUUGCCGGCAUGACGGUCGGCUUGCUUCUCCGAGUCACGACCGGCCACUCCCUGCAGCAGCUCGUCAGUUUCGACUACCAGAUCUUCUUCAACCUGCUGCUCCCGCCCAUCAUCCUGAACUCGGGCUACGAGCUCCACCAGGCCAACUUCUUCCGGAACAUCGGCGUCAUCCUGACCUUUGCCUUUGCCGGCACUUUCCUCUCCGCCGUCGUCAUUGGCGUGCUGGUCUGGCUGUACACCCGGCUGCCUCUCGAGGGGCUUGAGCUGAACUUUGUCGACGCCAUCUCUGUCGGCGCAACGCUGUCGGCCACCGACCCCGUCACCAUCCUGGCCAUCUUCAACACCUACAAGGUCGAUCCGAAGCUGUACACCAUCAUCUUUGGCGAGUCCAUCCUCAACGAUGCCAUCGCCAUCGUCAUCUUCGAGACGGCUCAGGGCUACAAGAGCGGCACGGAUUCCUACGGCUUCUUCAGCUUCAUCGAAGGUGUCGGCAUCUUCAUGCUCUCCUUCUUCGGCAGCUUGCUCAUUGGCGUCCUGGUUGGCGUCGGCACCGCUCUCAUCCUCAAGUUCACCUACGUGAGGCGCUACCCCCAGAUCGAGAGCUCUCUGGUGGUCUUGAUCGCAUACGCGACUUACUUCCUGGCACAAGCGCUGCCCAAGAUGUCUGGUAUCGUGUCUCUGCUGUUCUGCGGCAUCACGUUGAAGCACUACGCCUACUUCAAUAUGUCGAGACGGACACAGCUCAGUACCAAGUAUAUUUUCCAGGUCCUGGCUCAGUUGUCCGAGAACUUUAUCUUUAUCUAUCUGGGUCUAUCGCUGUUUACAGACACCGACCUGCGAUUUCAACCCCUCUUGAUUAUUGUCACCGUGAUCUCGGUCUGUGCCGCAAGAUAUGUUGCCGUCUUCCCCCUGUCCAAGGCCAUCAAUUGGUUCAUCCGCUAUAGGGCACGGCGCCGGAACGAGACCGUCAGCGACGAGCUGCCUCAUAACUAUCAGGCAAUGUUGUUUUGGGCCGGCUUGCGUGGUGCUGUCGGCGUGGCUUUGGCUGCUUUGCUGGUGGGAGAGAAAUCAUAUGCCCUGAAGGCGACUGUCCUAGUCGUCGUCGUGCUCACCGUCAUCAUUUUCGGAGGUACCACUGCCCGGAUGCUGGAAAUCCUCGGCAUUCGUACUGGCGUGGUGGAUGAAGUCGACAGCGAUGACGAGUUCGACAUUGAAGCCGCUCCUGGUGGCUCGUAUUAUAAACGCUCGGGGACGGGUAUUGGCUACACACCACGGGCACGCAACGGCUCGGUUGGCCUGUCCAGGAUGAAGUCCAAGAACGAACCCGAGCGUGGCAGCUAUGUCUCCGGGCACCACUCACCAUCAUUCAGUGGUGGGGUCCGGCCAUCGAGCUUGAGCCGAAAGGGCUCGCGUAUCCAGGUGUCCGGCGACGAAGCGGAGCGGACCGAUCUUUUGGGCGGCCGCAGCGGCAGCAUGACGGAAGAUUCCGAUUUUGGCAGUGAUGUUGAUACCUCAGACCUACCGCCGCCGGCGCGUAGGCCGCGGCCCAGGAGGAAAUCGAGUCCCAUGCUCACCCCUAGCGGGACCUCCGAGGGUGACAGCGACGGCGUGUUUGCCUAUCCAACGUCGGGUCACCGGGAUUCCCAGCCAGUGUCCGCGUCUACAGCCAUCAGACAGCUGUUUACGGCGCAAGACCCUCAGGCGUUAUUCCGCCAGCUGGACGAAGACUUUAUCAAGCCCAAGCUGUUGCUAGACGGAUCCGGGGGUCCGAGAGGGAAUGGAGAGGGAGGCUCAGGGUCGAGCUAG